CUGCAUUAGCAACAAUUUCCCUUAAUAUUUGUUCAUGAUUUUUAUCUUUUGGUGAUUAUAUAUUUUGUAAUUUGACGGAUAUCUAACAUAAGAAAUACUUUAAAGGAAACUUUCAAGAUGACGAGUCGUGUAGGGAAAUAUCCUCUUGGAUCUCUAUCCAGUUUGAAUUGGAGUGGAAGUCAAGCUCAUUUAUCUAAAAAGGAUUUAAACAAAUCAGAUUUGGCUUUGGCAAGAAGUCGCGAAGCAUCUGUUGACUUUACAGCUAAAACUAGUAACGAUAAAUUAACUUUAGUACUAACAAUAACUGCAGCUAUUGCUGCUCUGGGAAACUCUUUUCCUCAUGGUUGGAAUACAGGAGUGUUAAAUUCUCCGGUGCAUGUAAGUAGACAUUUUUAAUUCAAAUCUUUGAAAACAUCUGAAGUGUCAGUGAGAGAUAAAAAAAGAAUAAAAACGUCUUUGAUUCUCCAAGGUUUUUAUCUUUUAAAAAUCUGUUUUUUUUUUUACGUUUUAGCAUAUUACAACUUUUCUAAAUAAUAGCUUCUAUGAGAGGCAUGGAUACUUUCCUUCUAAAAUGAAUUUAACAAUUUUAUGGUCCGUGACCGUAUCUAUUUAUCUAGUUGGCGGUACUAUUGGGGCAUUCACUCCGGGACUAAUUGUUGACCGCCUUGGUCGGAAGAAAUCCCUUAUUCUUCUCAACGUAUUUAGUUUAAUUGCUGCUAUAUUUUUUGGAUUUUGUAAAAAAGCCAAUUCGUAUGAAAUGCUUAUUAUUGGAAGAUUAUUAAUUGGUUUUAGCUGUGGGGCUGGAGCUGGAAUUGUCCCAAUGUAUUUGACUGAGAUAGCUCCAGUCAGAAUAAGAGGUGCAAUGGGUGUUUUGCAUCAAUUGGCCUUGACCUCAGGUAUUUUUGUUUCACAAGCCAUUGGCCUGAGGCAAAUUUUAGGAUCAGCGGAUAGAUGGCCCAUCUUGUUAGCUGCCAUUGGACUUCCUUGCCUUUUAUCUGGUUGUGUUUUGUACUUCAUGCCCGAUAGUCCAAGGCAUUUACUCUUAAACAAAAAAGACAGAGAUGCAGCUGAAAAAGCACUCAAAAGAUUGAGAAACUGUUCUAAUGUCGAUUUAGAUUUGGAUGAAAUCGAGGAAGAAAUUAUUGAGGAAGAUGAAGACGACGAACAAGAACCAGAAUGGACUCUUAAGAGUAUUCUGGCGGCAGAUAGACUGAGAUUACCUUUGGUUCUCAUCAUAGUUUUGGGAUCUUGUCAACAAUUAUCAGGCAUAAAUGCUGUCUUCUACUAUUCUUCUGCUAUUUACGAAUCUGCAGGAAUCGCCAAACAAAAUAUUCAGUACGCAAAUUUGAUUACUGGGUUUAUAAACGUUGUUAUAACUAUAAUUUCAGUGGGUUUAGUAGAGAAAGCAGGACGAAGAGUACUCUUGUUAGGAGGAAUGGGUGCAAUGGUAGUUUCUGCCCUAACCUUAAUGAUAUCAAUUAAUCUCCAAGAGAAAGUAACAUGGCUAAGUUAUAUUGCUAUAAUAUCUGUCUUAUUUUUUGUCGUUGGAUUCGCAAUUGGACUUGGAUCAAUACCACAGUUUAUUGGAGCGGAAUUAUUUAGACCUGGUCCACGACCCAUUGCCAUGUCGAUUGCCGGUUUCUUUAAUUGGUUGUGCAAUUUUUUAGUUGGAAUUGGUUUUCCACCCCUUGCCGGUGUUAUCGGAGAAUACAGUUUUAUUAUCUUUAUCGCAUGCAUAAUAAUCUUUGGGCUGUUUAUAUUCAAACAAUUACCUGAAACAAAACAAAGAACAAUUGAAGAAAUAUACACCCAUUUCAAAAGGAGAAGUACAAGAAGAAAUGGAACAGCUCGCUCAAAAGAUACCCAUAAUAUGAAAGCCUUAAUUAACAGUUAG